AUGGAGAGAAAUUUCACAGAGACGGGAGCAGGAUACCCGCAGGAAAGAAUACCAGAGAUGGACAAGAACUUAAGAUUUUAUCUAAAAAAAGAAAUACGCAAUUACACCGAGUGCAACCCAGAGGAAAUCAUAUCAAAAAUCGAAGCUAUGAGCCACGAGAGCUUAGUAAACCCAAAAGAAGAGCUGAGCAUGAUGCUGCAGCCGGUCUUUGAGGACAGAACACAGAUGUUUGUGAACAGACUGUUCGGAUACCAAAAAAGGCUCUGCAGAGACAAUGGACACUGCAGAAGACUCGGGUGCUACUUUAAACACACGCCCGUUGGUCUGCCCAUGAUGGAGAUAGAUGAAAAGCCCGCAUUCAACCCAAGAGAGGAAAGACUCAUGGGAAACAACAAAGUUGCACUAGAAAAGCAGAGAAGAAUCGUUGAAAUACUCAGCAAAAGGAUGGAUCUUCCUCCAGACGUCAAGUCACUCAUCGAGCAGCUAAGAAGACUGAUGUGCAGAGGAAAGCCAAUGGCAGUAUCACCAGCCCACUUGAGCACGCGGUUUGUCAUUGAAAACAGACAGGAGUGGAUGACAAAUGAGCACCUGCACACAUACCCAGGCGUCAUGAAUAUCUCAGAGGAUGGAGUGAUAGAGUUCAGCUCUAGACAGGAUGCUGAAAGAGUAUUUAACAUGAUCUGCAAAAUAGAUAAAAACAGUCGGCCCACAUGGAUUGAAUAG